AUGGUCGCAUCAUUAGCGACGGGGUCCGGCUCCGUCGUCUACGAACGUCGGAUAGCCCGUAUACAUAAAUAUCACUGGCCUGCUAUUCAACUUAACGUAUGGAUGCUCGUCAUGUUAGCAGCUUCGUGCUGCAUCAUCGGUGUGUUCGCAACAUUCAUCGGCGUUCAGCAACAUUUGGGACUCUACAUACCAUGGUACUUCCCUUACUUCAUCACCGUUUCUGCAUUGAUGAUCAUCUAUAUCAUCGCGCUAUUAUGGUUAAUAGCCCAAAGACGACUUCUCCCCUCCAUCGUCAUAUUGGGUUCCUUCAUGUUCUUCGUACUUUGGAUGGUCGGACUCAUCGUCAUAAGCAUUGAGUUAUGGGGUCCCGUCGGUUCCGUGAAUUCGAAUUGUAAUCUCCUAGUUUGGAAUACGUCACCGAUAGGGAAUAACCAAGGGACUCUGGCUUGGUUGGAACAAAGGUCUAUAUGUCAAUCAUGGCAAGCAGUAUUCGCCUUCGCUCUUAUUGGAUGCAUAUUUUUGCUGUGGAUUAUCGUCAUGGCGGUACAGGUAUUUUAUGACGAUGCGUAA